AUGUUCUGCAAUAAGGAACUAUGUUCAGCUGCACAGAUUGAGCGAAGGGCAAUAUCUGGGAUUGACUACUGUGAGCAACACCCGGAGUUAUUUGCUGUCUCCUAUGAACAAAAUCGUGGUUCGUCUGUUGUCCCGGUCGGUGUAGUGCAGGUCUGGAGUUGUCGUUUCAAGAAAUCAAGUGCCGAGUAUACAUUCCACUGCCAGUCGCUGGUUACAAGUGUGGCAUUCGCUAAGUUCCAUCCAAAUCUGCUACUGGGCGGGUGUUAUUCGGGGCAGAUAUGCAUGUGGGAUAACAGAUUCGGUAAAAGAACACCCGUUAGUAAGAGCCCUCUUUCUUCUCAAGCACACACUCAUCCAGUACUGAGCAUGGCGGUUGUGGGUACACAGAAUGCACACAAUUUAGUCAGCAUAUCGACAGACGGCCGACUUUGUUCGUGGAGCGUUGACAAUCUCAAUCAGCCAAUCGAUGCCAUCGAUUUGUCAUGGAAACAGAAGCAGGUGACGUGCACCUGCAUGUCUUUUAUGUUUGAAGAUGCAAAUAAUUUCGUAGUGGGUAGCGAAGAAGGAAAUGUUUAUACGGCAAGUAGACACGGCAACAAAGGAGGAAUCAAUGAUGGCUACGAGAGCCACAUCGGGCCCAUAACAGGAGUUGACAUGCAUAAAGCUCCCGGGAUUAUUGAUUUAUCGCAUUUCUUUUUAUCAUCUUCUUUGGAUUGGACUGUUAAACUGUGGAGUACGAAGGAAACAAAACCACUUUGCUCAUUUGAAAAGCAUGGCGACUACAUAACAGAUGUUGCCUGGUCUCCUGUUCAUCCUGCUGUUUUUACAUCGGCGGACGCCAGUGGAAAUGUGUUUUUGUGGAAUUUGAAUGAAGACACUGAAGCUCCAAUAUCGCAUCUGCAGCUGGAGGGGGGCAUUGGAGUGCGCAAAAUGAAAUGGAUGCAGAACGGUUAG